AUGGCGGUGUCCAACAGUUCCAAGCUGAGCCAGGCAGUGAGGGAAUAUUACAGACACCUGUCUCCCCGGGACAGUGCUGUUAAGGUCACCUACGUGUGGAUUGAUGGGAGUGGAGAGGGGCUUCGCUUCAAGACCAGGACUCUGGAGAAAGAACCCCAAAACAUCGAAGAGAUUCCCGAGUGGAACUUUGAUGGAUCCAGCACCGGCCAAGCUGAAGGUUCCAACAGCGAUAUGUACCUGAUCCCGGUGAGGAUGUUUCGAGACCCCUUCUUCGGGGACCCGGACAAGCUGGUGCUUUGCGAAGUCCUCAAGUACAACAGGAAGCCAGCGGAGACCAACCUGAGGAGGAGCUGCAAGGAAGCCAUGGACCUGGCACAGACCCACCAGCCCUGGUUCGGGAUGGAGCAGGAAUACACCUUGUUGGGGGUCAACGGGCACCCCUUUGGCUGGCCUGACAACGGAUUCCCCGGGCCACAGGGACCCUAUUACUGUGGGGUUGGGGCAGACAAGGUGUAUGGAUAUGAGAUUGUGGAGUCCCACUACAACGCCUGUCUGUACGCUGGGGUCAAGAUUUGCGGCACCAACGCGGAGGUCAUGCCUGCUCAGUGGGAGUUCCAGGUGGGUGUGUGCGAGGGCAUCGAGAUGGGAGACCACCUGUGGAUGGCCCGCUUCCUCCUGCACCGCGUCUGCCAGGACUACGGGCUGGUGGCCACGCUGGACCCCAAGCCCGUCACGGGCCACUGGAACGGCGCUGGCUGCCACACCAACUACAGCACCGAGGCCAUGCGGCAGAGUGGAGGGAUCCGGUUCAUCGAAGAAGCGAUCGAGAAGCUGGGCCGGCGGCAUGCCCACCACAUCAGCCUGUACGACCCCCGGGGGGGCCGGGACAACGAGCGGCGGCUGACGGGCCGCCUCGAGACGUCCAGCCUCCACGAGUUCUCGGCCGGUGUGGCCAACCGGGGUGCCAGCGUCCGCGUCCCUCGCCAGGUGGGCCGGGACGGCUGCGGCUACCUCGAGGACCGGCGGCCCGCCGCCAACUGCGACCCCUACGCCGUCACCGAGGCCCUGGUGUGGACCACCCUGCUCGACGGGCCCCAGCCGCCCUGGGGCCAGUGA